UUGUGUUAACAUUACAUUUAAUUGAAUUCCUGUUUAGGAUUGGCGAUUCAUAGUUUGUUGCAACGUUUUAAAUGAAAUAUUUAAAUAUAGGAAUGUUGGAAGACAUCCAGCUAGACUAUUCAGUCGAUGAUUAUUUUGAUGAUUUCUCAGAAUCUUCCUAUUCAAACACUGACGAUGAUUCCGUUUAUACCAGCAACGUGUUUCCGAAUAACACACAGUACUCAUACAAUCAGACGAAGUACGGAAAAUGUCGAAGUAAACGAAAGAAAGACGUACACUUCCAACUACAGCAACGCCACGCCGCAAAUCAACGCGAACGACGUCGAAUGCAAUCGAUAAAUGACGCUUUCGAAGGACUGCGCGCGCACAUUCCGACAUUGCCGUAUGAGAAACGUUUGUCUAAGGUCGACACGUUACGUCUGGCGAUCGGGUACAUAGGAUUUCUGGCGGAAAUGCUCAGUGCCACGUCAGACGGGGAACAGGACGUCGCUGAAACGUUAACAAAACAACGGAAGAUUAUUAUACAUUCACAUAUUGGUUACGAGCCUUACUUUCCGUCUGACGUUCCUGCUAUUAUCGGUCAUUCUCUAUCCUGGCGAGACGAAAAGAUCCCCGUACUGGGCCCAAACAAUACACUGAGGGCGAAAAUAUGGCGACCGGAAGUCCCAAAAGAGUGUCAGUCGGAAAAAAUCCAAUCACCCGCAGUAAAAUUGCCAAACCCGUCAUUAUCAGUAUCACAAGCAACAACAGUGACGAUUCCAAACGCAUCUUCAUCUCUCAAGAAAUCAUUGUCCAGCUCAGAGACGUUCAGUGAUAUUGUGCCAGAGGAAAUAGGAUUUGAUGCGACGCUUUCGAACUAUGAGUGCAAUGACGUCAUCAACGACUCCUCUAUUAUGACUGAAUCUAUUCAUCACGUUAUAAGUGAACGUACAAGAUAACGUUAGCCGUGUUGUAUAAACAAAAUAUAUAAUCAUAUGUUUUGAAUUGUUAUUGAUUGCUGCAUAAGAUUUAUAAUCAUUACAUAUACAAAUAAGAUUUAUGAUUCAGUCUAGUGGUUAUUAUAUACAGUUUUGACGUGCGUAAAUGAUAUUUACUUUUUAUCAUGAUGCUUGCUGAUCUCUCAUAGGGCUUAGGCACAAUUAUCAUUGAACGAACGAAACGAAAGAAAAGAGGCUAGUAAUUGCCAUUCUGAACAAGGCUCAUAGAUUACGAGGGCGUUACAUUUUUUUUCACAAAAAUCUCCAUAUAUUUGUUCAUUUAUCGAAAAUCCUCAAAACACCGAUUAAUGUUUGAUAAAUGUGUUUUUCCCGAAGGAAUUUUCAAAAUAAAUUAUUAGAGAAUGGACAUACUAAAUGUGCGACGUCGUAACAAAACGCUGCAUUCGUGGAAAUAUAAUAAGAACAAAAAAAAAUUCAGCCCUCAAUAUUUGCAGUGCCAUGGGAAAUAUGUCUGGAUAUUGU